AUGAAACCCCUUCCUCCCCCCGUCGCGACCCCGACCUCGUUAUUUGACGCCAUUGCCGGGCCGCUUCGCGCGGGGUUGGAUGCGGUGCACAGGGAUAUGCAGUUUGCCGCCGAGUCGCAGCUAAGACGUUCCACUUUGGACCGAUGCAAGCUCGUGGUGCGCCUCGGGAAGUUGCUCUUCGGGCCGCCGUUUGAAGCUCCGGGGGAUCUCCUUCCCAGCCUGCCGCCCUUCACAGCGGGUGCAUUGGAGUCGGUUUUCAACCGCCUACCAGGCGGGCCGUCCAGCUUCAACCGUGUAGAAUCUACAGCACAGCGCCUGCCAGCCAGGGUGCACCGGUCGCUGGAAACAGGCAUGCCUGAGCCGCUCUUUCGGGCUGUGGAGGGUAUUGCUAUGGCGGGGGACGGGGCGAGCACGUGCAUGCGAGAGGCGUACCACAUUCGGGUCACAGACACAGACCACAUGGACUUAGAGUACAAGCUCACAUGCAAGCCUAAUCCGGAUGGCAAAGGGGUUAUCCUCGUUAAGGUGAAGUACGAGACGCUGCGCUAUGCAGUCAUUGACGUAUCUCGCCCUGCCAAGGAGAUUGACUUCCGCAUCAUGCUCUCCACUGAGACCCGCCUUUGCUCACUCGAUGAGGCCACUCGAUCUGCGUGUGAGAGCAUAGCAUCAACAGCAAUCAUUGAGGACAAUUCAAAGGGCGGCCUACACUGGCCUAUUACCUCAGACUUCCACGUCGGCAUGACAGAAGCGCGUUCAUCCGCGCCAGCACCAUCACAUCGGUUCAGAGUGACAAGUGUGCGGCAUCAGAGGCGGCUGCACGUGCAGUCAGGCGGGCAGGUGUGGAAGCUGUCGCGUGUGAACGGAGUUCAGUUCAACCAUGGGGGAGGGCGUCUCACAAAUGAAGCAGAGUUUUCCCUGUUGGCCUGGCGAAACUCUAUGAAGUUCAAUGCGGAAGCAAGUGCAGGCGUCACUGCUAUUCCUCCUCCUUCCUCCCUACCCAGCAAGCCCCUACCUACAAGCUACUCGGCAGCAUCUUGCUUUGACACAAGCUUGCAGCAGGCAGCACCACAGUGGACUCCAGACAGCAUUCUUGCUGAAUGCCCUGCCCUCGUAGACUGGUUGGAGCACCACCUGCCGUAA